ACGCCGGUUAGAGAGGAGUUGUAUUCAAAACUUUUUUUUUUCUCCAUUGUAGGGUUUUGUAACUCUGAAUGUCGUAGCAUAUUUAUGCAGGUUUUGGUGUUACAAAACGCUGAAGUCGAUGACAUGUCUUGCAUUCCGAACCUGCACUCAAGGACCAAGGGGACCUCUGGAAGUGACCCAACCCCCAUCGUAAACUCUUGAAAUUCCUGCAGUUGCACUCAUUUUACCCUGAAGAAAUCGGUCACAUCUUCCGCAAAAUCCAACACGGUUUACAACCCGGAUUGCGUCGCAGAGAUGGCGAUGAAGGAUUACAAACAGUUUCUCCUUUUGCUUGCCGCGGCUGUGUCUGUCGGGUUCGUCUGUAUUGUUUUCGUGCUGCAAUGGGUUUUGUAUUUUAAAGAAGGGCUGGCUUGGGACGGAGGACUGGCCGAAUUCAACUGGCAUCCAGUCUUGAUUGUUACUGGAUUUAUUUUCAUGCAGGGAAUCGCCAUCGUGGUGUACAGGCUGCCAUGGACCUGGAAGUGCAGCAAGCUAAUGAUGAAGCUAAUUCACGCCGGCCUCAACAUCUUGGCCUUCGUCUUCGCGGCCAUAUCCCUGGUAGCGGUGUUUGACUUCCACAACGCGGCGAACAUCCCGAACAUGUACAGUCUGCACAGCUGGGUUGGGCUGUCCGCUGUCAUACUGUACGGCCUCCAGAUUGCUCUGGGUCUGUGUGUGUACCUGGUGCCCUUCACCCCAGGGCACCUGAGGGCUGCCUUCAUGCCCCUACACGUCUACAGUGGCCUUUUCAUCUUCACCAGUGUCAUCGCCACCGCCCUGAUGGGAAUCACAGAGAAGCUCAUUUUUGGCCUGAAGGAUCCCAAGUACAAGGACUCCCCCCCAGAGGCAACUUUCGUGAAUGUGCUGGGUAUGCUUAUCUUGGUCUUCGGAGCCCUGAUCCUCUGGAUUGCCACCCGGCCUUCCUGGAAACGCCCCACCGAGCAGCUCCUCAUCAGCCAAAACACCAACGGUGGAGGAGCCACCGCCCCCAAGGAGGGUACGGCCCUAUCUGCGUAUGGCAGCACUGGCCGAGACGAGGCAGAUGCCAACUGCGACACCCGAAAGAGGAGCUGCAAACAGGAUGAGUCUGGGCAGAAGUCGUCAGUGUGACGCCUUAGCGCGCGUUCAUUUGCUGGUCUGAUAUAAGAUACAUUCCAUACCGCACAUUGACAUUACGGUCAUUUCAUUUCUUUUAGUGGGGAGACGCAUAGUACCCUCAUACAUAAUUUGGAUACAUAAUAGCUUUAUGUACAGUAUUUUUUAUAAAGUCUUUACCCUCUGGUAUAAAAAGUACAUUGUACUCAGAUAGGGCAUUUAAAAAUGAAAACGGUUUCAAUUCACACAUAUCUCCUCCUCAAGUCUUAAAACCCAUGUCAAACGGCAUGCGUAAUGAUGUGGAUCUUCUACAAAUUUUGUUUUAUUUAUUCCAGAAGUUUUUCCUGCAUUCCAAAGAAAAUGAUGAAGUUAUUCACUCAGUACAGUAUGCCUGCCAAAGUUCUAGCAGGAAAUCAUUAAUAUACACGUAAUGUGUAAACAUAAAGGGAGUCAAAGCACAGGACCAGUAUAUCGUGUGGAUUUGUAAAAGGUAUUUA